AUAAUAACACACCAACGACAAUAGUAUCAUCAACUUGCUGUGUCUGUUUCUUUCUUUUCUUCGACUCGUUCUUUCGAACCCCAAUAACAUGUUCACACUAAAACACCCAGUUUCAAUUUUUCUAAAAUAAUAAUAAUAAUAAUAUCUUAGAAAUAUUAAUGUCAAAUUAAUAAUUGAUUUAUCUUCCGAUUUGGUUGUUGAGCUGACCUGCACUUGCCGUGUCGUGCGUUCUUCGUAACAUCGACUCUCUCUCUCUCUGCGAAAAUGUCUUCAGAUUUCAGUUGAGUUGAGUUGAGUGAGUCUUCUCUUUUCAGAUUAAAUUCUCACUUCAUCAACCAAAAUAGGGACUUUGUCAUUUUCUUCAACUCACACAAGCUGAACCUUUUUCCGAUCAAACGAUCUAUUUUAAUUUAACUACUAUAGUGUGAUUCUGGUAAGGUUGCGAUGAAGUGUUUUCCAUUCUUAAUUUACUAUGGAGAAAAAAAGGGUGAUGCUAAGAGCUUGCGAUCACUAUCGGGUCUGUCGAACAAUUCUACUUACGGUGGGAGUGACGUGCGGAGAACUGGUUCUGAAUUGAAUUCUCUAGACGCCUCAGACAAUAGCACAGACUCCCUUAGGAGGAAUGCAUUUCCCAAUUUGUCCCAAAGACCAAGCAGCCUCAGAGUAUUUACCGUAUCCGAACUGAAAUCAGCCACCAAGAAUUUUGGUCGCUCUGUUAUGCUUGGAGAAGGUGGAUUCGGGUGUGUCUACAAGGGAUUGAUCAAGAGUGUAGAUGAUCCACCUAGAAAAAUUGAAGUUGCAGUAAAACAACUCGGUAAAAGAGGAAUUCAGGGGCAUAAGGAAUGGGUAACUGAAGUGAAUGUUCUGGGUAUUGUUGAGCAUCAUAAUCUUGUGAAACUAGUGGGCUAUUGUGCUGACGAUGAUGAAAGAGGAAUCCAGCGGCUUUUGAUUUAUGAAUAUAUGCCGAAUGGAAGUGUGGAACACCAUUUAUCCUCGCGAUCAGAAACUCCUCUCCCGUGGAGUAGGAGACUGAAAAUAGCUCAAGAUGCUGCUCGUGGAUUAACGUACCUGCACGAGGAAAUGGAUUUUCAGAUAAUUUUCAGAGAUUUCAAAUCGUCAAAUAUCCUUCUGGACGAGCAUUGGAAUGCAAAGCUGUCUGACUUCGGAUUAGCAAGAUUGGGACCAUCUGAUGGGUUAACUCAUGUCUCAACUGCGGUUGUAGGAACAAUGGGAUAUGCAGCUCCUGAAUAUAUUCAAACUGGACGUCUCACUUCAAAGAGUGAUGUAUGGGGCUACGGUGUCUUCCUUUACGAACUCAUUACCGGAAGACGCCCUUUAGAUCGAAAUCGCCCCAAGGGCGAGCAAAAGCUCUUGGAAUGGAUAAGACCUUAUCUUUCAGAUGGGAAGAAAUUUCAAAUAAUAUUGGAUCCAAGACUUGAGAGGAAACACCUCCUCAAGUCGGCCCAAAAACUUGCCAUGAUAGCUAACAGAUGCUUGGUCCGAAACCCAAAGAAUCGCCCGAAGAUGAGUGAAGUAUUAGAAAUGGUGGAUAGGAUUGUCGAGUCUUCGGUGAGUGCUAAUCAACAGCCGCCCUUGAAUAGUGUAGCCUCGGCAGAUGAUUCUCAGGACGCUGAAAUAAAGAACAAGAAGAGAAUUAUGGAUCCAAAACCAGAGUCAGAUUGGAAUUGGUUUAGGAUGUGGAGACCAAAGCUUUUAAGAACAAGUUGAAUUAUUGCAAAUUUAAAUGGAUCAAAGCUAUGAUUUGCAUGUAGAGUUUCUUUAUGACGAGAAUUAUUUAUCUAUAAUUACCAUUUUUAUGGCAUAUAUUCAAGUAGUUGAGAGGAACAAAUUGUGAAUUUCAUGGUAGAAGUUGAAAUUUUGUGAUAUGCUAGCUAAGUUGAUGAGCCUAAUGUAUCUGGUUGAUAUUGAUCUCAUGAAGCCAUGAUGGUGCUGAAAAUGAAAAUUAGUCACUUUAAUUUAUGUAACAUAGCUAAGUUGUAAAUUCUAAAUGAUUCUAUUUAUGCACAUUGGAAUUUCAGUCCUUACAUAUAGAGAUCCCUAAUAUUUCCCGAGGUCUUGCAUGAAAUGUACAGAGAUUAUAUUAUGUUGUUAUACAAUAUACUGAAUUUUGUUGGUUUUCUA